GAACGGGAGUUAACCCUGAUGUACCUGCUUAAAGGAACCGCCGUCCUAGCCACAGACGUCAGGCACAGGAACAGGUAUAGAAAAUAGUUUUUUACGUUUGAAAAAAAAAAAUAAAACUGCUGUAACACAAAUGAAUUUAAUUUAAGUCAGGUCAGAUUGAGGUAUAUGGAAGAUAUGUAUUUCUCUGUGUGGAUUUGAGCGACGGAGAUUCUAUUGGAUUAACUGUAGUUCAAGAGAGACCAAGUACCGCGCGAGUGAUUUAACAAUAUGAAACACCAAAAGUCAAAAAUGCGAGAACUCGAGACAGCCAGAGUUGUGUUCAUUCAACCUGAUCCUUGGAUUAUAAUGGUUUGAUUUCAACUGCCGUGGUCUCAACACGCUGAAGUUUACUGCGCUCAGGAGGGAAUAGCGCCUUAUGACUCGUAUCUGUGAUAAACACACCGGCGGGACAAGGGACGAGACUAUCCAGCACAAUGUCUAAAGUGAUACUCAAGAAAAACCACUGGACCAACAAAGUUAACGAAUGUUCAUUGUGCAAAAACGGUCGCGGAGAGUUGACCGUGGAAUUGCGCGGCGGUGCGGAGAAUGGAGAGUUUCCGUACGUUGGGGAAGUGCGAGAGGAUGCGGUGCUUUAUCAAUACGGGCAGCUGUCCGACGGGGAAUUAGUGUUGGAGGUCGAAGGCUUGGCUGUGUCUGGACUGCCCCUAUAUGAUGUGCUGACCAUUAUAAAGACUCGCAAAAGUCCUAUCAGGUUUAAAACUGUAAGACAAGGCCACCGUCUGAACAAGGACCUGAAGCACUACCUGAGCCUGCGCUUCCACAAGUCCUCGCCGGACCAUGAGCUGCAGCAGAUCAUCAGGGACAACCUGUACCGUCACGCUGUGCCCUGUACCACCCGGCCACCACGGGAAGGAGAGGUUCCGGGGGUGGACUACAACUUCCUGUCCGUGCAGGACUUCCUUGAGUUGGAGCAGAGUGGCACUCUUCUGGAAGUAGGAACUUACGAAGGUAACUAUUAUGGAACACCCAAGCCGCCAAGCCAGCCCCCCUGUGGGACAGUGAUUACCCAGGAUGCACUGCGAGACGGCCUCACAGGUUCCCAGAAUUCCACCCCCAAGCGCACCAAGUCCUACAAUGACAUGCAACAUGCAAGAGUAGUGCCAGUGGACAACGGGGAUGACGACAUUGCUGCAGACAUGAACAACACUUUCACAGGAGACACUGGCCGGCAGGAAGUGCACGGCGUCGUACGAGAGAGCGCCCCCUCCUACGCGCUCAACAACGCCAUCGCCUCGCCACCGGUCACCCCCGCCAGCCCCCAUCAUGCCCAGCUCCCUCCCGAGGAGGACCCCCUGGGCCCGCUGCCUGACAACUGGGAGAUGGCCUACACAGAGAAUGGAGAGGUCUACUUCAUAGAUCACAACACAAAGACGACCUCAUGGAUGGACCCUCGCCUGGACAAGGAGCAGAAACCUCAGGAGGAGUGUGAGGAUGAUGAAGAAGGUGUACACACAGAAGAGACCGACAAUGAACUAGAAUUGCCGCCUGGUUGGGAGAGGAUAGAUGACCCUGUCUAUGGAGUGUACUAUGUAGAUCACAUUAACAGGAAGACUCAGUAUGAGAAUCCGGUUCUGGAAGCUCGCCGUAAGCAGCAGCUCCAGUCCCAUCAGCCACCUGAAGGUGAGCGCUACAUCCGAGAGUGGAUAGAGGAGCAUUCGUCGGCUGGAGCCCCACUGGCCUCGUACGCUCCCAACCACCUGGAAACCUACAGAGACCCCCAGCCAGGACCCACCCUGCCUCCUGCCCCGGGCAUCAAACGGGGUAAGCCGUUCUUCACCCGUAACCCGGCCGAGCUGAAGGGGAAGUUCAUCAGCACCAAGCUGAAGAAGAGCCAUCGCGGCUUCGGCUUCACCGUGGUGGGGGGAGACGAGCCCGACGAGUUCCUGCAGAUCAAGAGCCUCGUGCUGGAUGGACCUGCCGCUGUGGACGGCAAGAUGGAGACAGGUGAUGUGAUCGUGAGCGUGAACGACACCAUCGUGCUGGGCUACACGCACGCGCAGGUGGUCAAGAUCUUCCAGUCCAUUCCCAUCGGCUCUAUGGUGGAACUGGAGCUGUGCCGCGGCUACCCGCUGCCCUUUGACCCCGACGACCCUAACACCAGCCUGGUCACCUCAGUGGCUAUCCUGGACAAGGAGCCCAUCAUCGUCAAUGGCCAGGAGGCCUACGAGCCUCCCCAAGCUGCCCUCGGUGGACCCCCAGGCAUCAUGGGUAUGGGCGUCGGUGCUGCCAUACCUGGCCCCCAGGCCGGCUCGCUCAACGGCAGCCGUGAGCCGCUCCUCCCCUACGGAUCGGGCGCCAUGGAAACGAUGGGCGGCGGCAUCGCCGGAAUCGCCGGCAUGGGCGGCAGCGACGGUUGCCUGGGCUACAGCAGCGAUGUGGUGACGUUGGCGUCCAGCAUCGCCACGCAGCCCGAGCUCAUCACCGUGCACCUGGAGAAGGGCGACAAGGGCUUCGGCUUUACCAUCGCCGACAGCCUGACCGGCGGCGGACAGCGCGUCAAGCAGAUCGUGGACUACCCGCGCUGCCGCGGCCUCAAGGAGGGCGACAUCCUGGUGGAGGUCAACAAGCGCAAUGUCCAGAACAUGAGCCACAACCAGGUGGUGGACCUGCUCAGCAAGUGCCCUCGCGGCAGCGAGGUCACCAUGCUUGUGCAGAGAGGAGUGGUGCCGCCCAAGAGGAGCCCCAAAGUGGUGCAGCUGGAGAGGAAGGACAGCCAGGGCAGCUCGCAGCACAGCGUGUGCAGCCAGCGCAGCGUCCACACCGACUCGCCGCUGCGAGCCGUGCCCUGCAUGCCCACGCUGCCUCCAGACGCCGUGGUGGCCGUGCCCCCGCCUCCUAACCAGCCGCUGCCCAGUCUGCCACCCCACGACCCGCCGCCCGACGCCACGCUCCAGAAGAAGCCCGACCCCUUCAAGAUCUGGGCCCAGUCCAGGAGCAUGUAAUGAGCAUACGAUGCACGCUUGCCAGACUCUCAGGAGCAGGAUAUAUUCUUGUGGAGGAAGGAUACAGGUUUUGGCUUCAGAAUACUGGGUGGAAAUGAACCAGGAGAGCCGAUCUACAUUGGUCACAUAGUGAAGUACGGGGCGGCGGACGAGGACGGGCGGCUACGCUCUGGGGACGAGCUGAUCUGUGUGGACGGCACAGCGGUGGUCGGCAAGUCCCAUCAGCUGGUGGUGCAACUCAUGCAGCAGGCCGCCAAGCAGGGACACGUCAACCUGACCGUACGACGUAAGGCAGGAUUCGUGUGUAAGGGCGAGGGCGACGUGCCUCCAUCCCCAGCCUCCUCUCACCACAGCAGCACGCAGGCGCCGUCGCUGACCGAGGAGAAGCGCACGCCGCAGGGCUCGCAGAACUCCCUCAACACGGUCAGCUCGGGCUCGGGCAGCACCAGCGGCAUCGGCAGCGGCGGCGGCGGCGGCUCGGGCAGUGCUGUGGUCUCCGUGGCGCUGCAGCCCUCUGCCGGGGAGAUCCAGCCCGAAUCGAGGGGCUUCGGCCCGUCAUCGCGUCUACGUCUGUCUCCGCGGCCCGAUGCCGGCACCACGUUCGUUGGAAAUGCAUGUGUGGCCAUGCCCCAUAAAAUAGGGCGCAUCAUCGAGGGCAGUCCGGCUGACCGCUGCGGGAAGCUGAAGGUGGGCGACCGCAUCCUGGCCGUCAACGGCUGCUCCAUCACCAACAAGUCCCACUCCGACAUCGUCAACCUGAUCAAGGAGGCCGGCAACACCGUCACCCUGCGCAUCAUUCCCGGGGACGAAUCCUCCAAUGCCUCUCUCCUAACCAACGCUGAGAAGAUUGCCACCAUCACCACCACACACACACCGCAGAACGAACCUAGGAACAACGCAAAAUCCAAACAGGCUCCCCAGACAGGGCAAACACAGUCCAACCAGGAUGCGGAGUACUACUCGGUGGACCUUGAAAGAGACAGUAAAGGUUUUGGCUUCAGUUUGAGAGGAGGCCGUGAGUACAACAUGGACCUUUACGUGCUGAGGCUGGCCGAGGAUGGAUCGGCCGUACGAAACGGCAAGAUGAGGGUGGGAGAUGAGAUUCUGGAGAUCAACGGUGAGAGCACCAAGAAUAUGAAGCAUUCGCGCGCCAUCGAGCUCAUCAAGAACGGAGGGCGCCAAGCAUCGCCGCAAGAGGCGUGGCCUCAAUAUGGCCGGGAUCAGCUGAGUGGCCGAGGUCAAGUGAUUGACGUUUUUACUGCUUCCCUUGCAGACGGGCCCAAUGACGGGUACCCUCCCUCACCCGGGAAAAAUCUUUCGGAAGUGAGAACUCUGCCGCCAAACAGCCGAUUCCACAUUCCAUCCGAGUCCAGCUACUCACCCGACUACCACACCCCACCACGACACAUGGAGCAGUGGAGAGAGAGAGAGAGCGAGAGAGAGAGGGAGGACAGGAGGGACUACGCACGGGCCCCAGCGAGCCAGCAGCAGCAGUAUCAGCAGCAGCAGCAGCAGCAGCAGCAGCAGCAGCACCAUCUUCUAUCUUCCCAGCACCACCCUCAGCACCACAUCACCUGGAACAACCAGCAGCCACCGUCGCCACCGCCCGCGGAUGACCCCAAGAAGAGCAACCGCCGCAAGGUGAAGAAGUCCGAGUCGGAGAGCGGCAUCGCCAAGCUCUUCAAGACGCUGCGCAAGGAGGGCGGCUUCGGACGCAAGUCGUCCGAGCGGGACGGUAGCGGGACCCUGGGCCGGCGCGGCGGGCGCUCCCCCGAGAGGAAAGCCCAUGGCGGGGCGCAGGCUCGCCGCGGCUCCCUGGACCGCUCGCCCACGCGCCACCGCAACUCCUCGCCCGGACCCGGCGCCGAGUCCAUGGACGGGCCAGCGUCCGCCACCUCCUCCCGCCAGUCCAGCCACGCCCAGCUCCUGCGCCUGGCCCACACCCCCGAGCGGCCAGUGUUCUACCGGCCGCCAGGACGCGAGCCCCACACGCCCGGCCGCAGCUCGCUGCUCUCCCGGGACGCUCUCUCCACCCCGGAGCGGGCCAACAACGGCCAGGCCAUGACGGCGGCGGCGAGCAUGGCGAGCAUGGCGGGCCGUGGACGCACCCCCGAGCGGGGCCUGAAGAACGGGAACGUGCUGCGAGACUCGGGCGGCGCCGAGCGCGACGACCCCUGGGGCCUGGGCACGCCCGAGAGACGCUACCGCUGCGAGUCCACCUCGGACAGCAGCUGCAGCAGCUACCGCGACGACCCCCCGGCCGCUCGCCUCAAGGACUACUACAGCACCAACACGCUCAAGUCCUGCGGCUCGAAUGGCUACCCCGGCACCCGGGGCCCUGCCGGCCAGCCCCACGUCCCUGAGCCCAAGAGACGGCUGUACAAAGAGAACCACACCGACCUUAGCAUCUGAAUCCCGCCGCCAGGGGCUACUGCACUGAACUGCACUCGCUCUCUAACGCCACCUGCUGGACUACUGAGGACUACUGAGCUGUGAAACAGACCCACAAAACCACUUGACUGAUGGACGUUACUGGUCGGUUUACAUAUGAUAGCAGUUUGAUACAUUUGUAUGGUUGACCAUUUGGUUGGUUGAUUGAAUAAUGUUGAUUGAUAGGUUUUCGAUGUUGAAAUGACUGGUGAUUGCUUGGAUGUUUUGCCUGAUUUUGGUUGAUUUUGGUGAUUCAUUGAUUUGGAACUCCUGUGUCCCUGCUGAAUUUCAUAAGUACAAUCUUUUAGUUUCAUUGCUUUUGUGUUUGUUUGUUGUGCUGAUCAGAGAGUAAGAGAGAGAGAUAGAGAGAGAAAGAAAGAAAGAGAGAGAAUGCUGUGGACCAAUACAGGAGAAAGUAAGUUAUGUAGGUAUGUGUGAUGAUUUAUAUGUGUGAUCAGAGAAUGAGUUCUUAGAAAUCAGGCCUCUUUGUUUGGAAGAUAUCGGUAUACUUAAUCUUUUAUUCUGAUGUUAGACUUACUGAUGAGUCACACAUGCACCAGCCAAAAGCGUGGAAUCUGGUGCUGCUGCGAUUUGAGAGUAGUUUUUAUCAGACCCCUGUGUGUCUCAACCCCACCCCCCACCUCCACUGCCUCCCUAGGCAGAAAAUAGCACAAGCCUUGAGACACUUGAGUACAUUUGAUGAAUGAAUGAAUGAAUGCCUAGACUGGACGGCAGACGACUCUGGCACUGGGUCUGGCACACACGUGGCAUGUCCAGGGCCUUGUCCCCUCUGGUGUUGGUCAGAUCAGGGCCUUACUCCCCAUGCCAUUCAGCUGCCGAUGGGUGUGAUCGCUGCAACUGAAGGCAAAAAAAAAAACACUGUAGGAAAAAAAAGAAAAACGAAAAAGUAAAAAAGUUAAAGUGAAUGCUAACUACAAUGCUACUGUUGUCGAAUGAAGUAAUAUAUUUAAAGAAACAAAAUAAAAAAUCCUUUGUGAAGAUGUUUUAUUUUCCUGAAACAAAUUGACACAAAAGCAAGUAGGCUGAGGGCAAGACAGGACGUAGGCACACCAACUCUAAUAAAAGUCUCUCUCCCUCAGAUUUGAUUUUCUAAAAAAACUAUAUUCAGCCGAAAUCAACACAAACUUACUGGAUUUCCAAUUUACUUUACCAUCUUCCAAUACAUUUCUGCUUUUGCUGAUUGUUAACAUGCUAAUACUGCUAAUACAAAGAAUGAAUAUGGUGUCCUGCUAACACAGUAUGCUAAAUAUACCCAGAAUCGUCACACUCUAGGCUUAAAACUGGUCCAGUUCUUCAGUACUGAACGUAUGUUAUAUGUUAUCGGAUACCUCUCCAGCAAGUGUUUAGGCCUGUAUUUAGCAUAAGAUCAUGGGCCUACUCUAUGUCCUGUGGUAGAGAUCUGAUUGGUGAAAGCAAGUAGAGUGUUAAUUUUGGCUGAACUGACAUUUAUAGUCACUUACUGAUCAUCAAGUCCACAAUCCCCAAAUCAUGCAAUAACAUUCAACAACCUUAAAUCCACCACAGAUACAGAUCACUUCCAUCCACAAGACCGACAGGGAGAAGAUAGUUGAACAGUUUUUAUCUUUCUUUUUUUUAAUUUGAUUCUUUGUUAAGCAGAAGGCUUGUGACCAAGGAAUGAAGUAUAUACUAUAAACUCCUAAGAGACUGAAGAAAUACAACAUAUUCCUAAGAGAGCUUGGCCGUCUGCUGCACUGGUCUAAUGAUUUUGUUGAUGGCACAGAAUAAGGAACUUUAUUGAGUAUUCAGUGGUUGUAGGCCAGGGUGAUACACAGCUCUUCUUUCAGUAAUUGCACCUGUCUGUGAGUUCAUGUUUAGUUCAUAUCCCUUAUGAGGUCUAAGCCAAUGCCUAUGCUCAAAGCCACAGCAGCAUCACCUGCUUGGUGGUCGCUGCAGAGACAUUAUCACCUCGCGCCACAGAAAUUAGCACAACACACACCUCUUCAGGUUUGCUGGCUGUACGGUCAGACUGGACGACUUAAACAGGCUCGCAGCUCAUGUUGCUGUGUCAGUAUGAGUGUGUGUGUAU